AUGCAGGAACGUUUACUCUUACUCUUGAAUCUCUGCUCACUUGCAUUAGCCUGGUACCCAUGCCCAUUUACGGAUAAUUCACUGAACAAGACUAUCUCUGGAAAUGUGAUCAUUCAGGCUGAAUGUACAUUUCUAACAAGUCCACUAGAAUGGAAAGGAUUCAAUCCAAAUACUUUUGAUGGCGCGCUUUACAAUCGAACAAGAACUAUUCCAGUAAUGAAUAUUCAUAUGAAACGUUUGUUCUUUUCAAAACUACCACCACAAGGAAAUUCAUCCGGAAAACAUUUCAUUAAUUAUUGGCUGUUGAACGGCGGUGGUGGCUCUCAAGUUGGAAUGGAGUCAUUCGGUAUAUCCAUGUUGAAACAAAUUUCGAUGAACAAUUAUCAUCUGACAUAUCCGAAUACGUAUCCAAUCAUGUAUCUAUUUCAAUAUCGAGGUGCAGGUAUGAGUACACCAUCGAUACAUUGUCAUACGGCAAGAACGUGGCCUGAUUGUGCUACAGAAUUAAUCAACACAACAGUGCCAUCCUCACGCGCCGAAUCAUUAAGAAUUAUAAAUGCUAUGUCUAAUCAGCAUAUUGCACAGGAUUUGCAGUAUCAAAUUCAGUAUGCUAUGAAUGAAACACAAUCGACAGCACAAACAUCUACUUAUAUUUAUGGAUUGAGUCAAGGCACUGGUAUCAUUGAACAUUAUUUAACAAUUCAAACAAUCGAUUCCAAUUUACAAGUCAUUGACGGAGUUAUUCUCGAUGGUGUUAUGUCCGUGAAAGAUUCUGAUACUGGCAGUAAUCAAUUUAAAUUUCAUAACGAACGGUUUUACAUGUAUUUAGCAAAAUGCCAACAGGAUUCAGCAUGUUCCAAAACUUUCAAUGCUGUCUCAGGCAGUGAUCAAGACAUUAUAACUGUGACAUUACGUUUACAAAUGUUAUUCCUAACCAAUAAAACCAAUCCAUUAUGCACACAUCAAGCGGGCUUAACAGAUUGGCCACUUUUUAUUCUUAUCGCCAAUCAAGGUAUUGAAACAGUCUCAGCUCGUCCGAUAACAGCAAUUUUAAUUGCUCGGAUCUAUCGAUGUUCCGUUGAGGAUCAACGAGUGCUAUCGAAAGCAUUACCAAUUAUGAUCAAAUUAGUCAGUGAAUACGGACCUGGAACACCAAUCGACCCACCAGAAGCUUAUCCAGCUGAUGGUAAUGUUUUAAGUAUUGUCACGGUUUGGAGUGAUUACAUUGGUAAGACUCUUACUGAAAGUGUUAAAGACAACGCCGAAUUCUACAACGAUCUGUGCAUCAGAAUUGACGUUUCUUAUCAGAUUUAUAUCGCAUCCGUUGGUCUUUUACCACUGUGUAAUGACACACAAGUGUCAAAAUACAAUUACGUACUAUCGCGUGACUUCAAAGAUGUCCUAUACUCGAGAAAUCCGCUUUAUUGGGGACAACUGCAAGUCAAUCCGAGAAUAUUUCGAUCUCGACAAGGCGGAGUAUUGCUAUUCAAUGGCGAUUUAGAUUAUAACUCACCUUUAGUAACAGCUGAACAAUUUCAAGAAUUUCUGCGAAUGCAAGAGAUUCCAACGAAACUAGUGGCAAUGAAAGGAUUAACUCAUGUCACUGCUCCUCAAUCUUAUACAAAAAGUGCCGGAUUCGAAUCACCAUCCUGUACAGAGCAGAUUAUUGCACAGUUUCUCUAUCAAAAAGAAUUGAAUGUUAGUCUAUCGAAUCUCGAUGAUCGAUGUAAUUCUGAGCAAACUUUAAUUGGUAUUGAUUGGUUCUAUCAAGAUGCGACAGUAAAUAAGACACUUUAUAAUUUGUUCGGUGGCACUACAACGAACUAUUGGGGAAUGUCCAUCGAAAAUCGAUCCGAUAAACUUUCUACGCCGUUUCUAUUCACUUUUCUAAUAUUGCUAUUUCUUAACUUUCAUUUUUAA